GAUCCUUGUCAGCCAGCAACCUCGAAGCUCGCUGGCAGAUGUAUCUCUACAGGCUUACAGAGAAACCGUUACACAACAGGGCUUCCCGUUCCUUUCGAUACUCCUUGAGCAAAAUGUUCCCGAGCUAUCGCAUACCAACGGCCACAAAGAUGAUACUUGGAAGCUCGAUGUGACCAAUUUGACACCUACUGAAACUGCUCACAGAUUGCAUGAAUAUCUGGGUAAGUUCAUAUUUGGAAUUGAUUCAAGCGAGAAUGAUGCUAAAUUGUGUCAAUCCAGAUGAUUUGGAGCCUAGAGCGGUACUAAGAAGUAAGACCUUUGCGGAUAUCACUGGCUUUAAACAUGAGUUCAUUCGCGACUUGCAUCAAGGGCAGUCAGGCCACGAGGUUAAUCUUCUUUGCUGGCUAGUCGGCCGCACGCGUGACCAUGGAACCAUGCUGUUCUUGCCCGUGGGCGAUAGCAGUGGAACCAUUCAAGUUGUUGUAGACAAAGCGAAGGUGCCCUCAUGGGCCGAACUGAAGACAUUGAAAACGGAGUCGAGUCUCAAGGUCUCGGGAACCCUUUCAUUAUCUCGUGGGAAGGCUGAGAUCCUCCUGGAGAAGGCUUCAAUCAUUUCUAAAGCCACCAAGCUGCUCCAUCCAGAGAUUCGUAAGUUGGACAAGGAUAUUCUAGCUAACGCCAAUACCGACAAGGUCCUUGCCAACCGGCAUCUCUAUCUCCGGAAUCCUCUGAUUUUGGCACUGAACGCAUACCGUUCACACUUCUUCACAGCCAUCCAUGAGUGGUUCAAGGACCAUCAAUUUGUGGAUAUCAGUGCACCCCUCAUUACACCGUCGAUUCUUUACGAGCCUAACUCCGCCAUUCACCUCACCAAUUUGAAGACAAAUAAAACUUUGUUCCUCUCUCAGUGCGCGGGCUUCUAUCUCGAGGCUGCUGCUCAUGCCCAUGAGCGUGUCUACAACCUUGGUCCGAGCUUUCGGAAUGAGAGUCGCACGAAUCGUCAUCUGAUGGAAUAUUGGCACAUCAAGGCAGAGAUUUGUUCCGGCAAGAUGGAUGAUAUUAUGGAUCUUGUUGAGAUAUUUUUGCGCGACAUCUCAGAAACGCUAUUACCGUUCACAGACAAACUCACGGCCAUGAUGGAGACCAAGCGACCUCGUAUCCAGAUCCCCUUCCCAAGAAUAUCCUAUAUAGAUGCUGUGGCUCUCUUAAACGAAAAGGGCUUUCCCCUUUCGUUCGGCCAGAAUAUCUCCAAACAAGCUGAGAACAUACUGUCAGAGCAUUUUGGCGGACCGCUAUGGAUUUCCCACAAGCCGCGGGAUCUGGAGCCGUUCCCGUAUUGCAUUUCUCCAGAAGAUGAACGGUUGUCUAUGACGGCGGACCUGAUCUCCUCGGGAGGCUUUGGUGAGAUCUGCGGCGUUGCAGAGAAAUCUUAUACUAGGGAAGAGCUUGAAACUCGGAUGAAAGAGAAGGGAAAGAUGGAACAGAUGGACAUCUAUUCGUGGGUUUUGGAAUCUCGCGAUUUUGGUAUGGUGCCACAUACAGCCUUUGGAAUGGGCUUUGAGAGAGUCUUGCGGUGGUUCUGUGGCAUACCUCAUGUAAAGGAUGCGAUCCCGUUCCCUAGAAUAUUCGGACGUGAGCCUAUUCCUUGAG